AUGAAGGUUUCUUGUAUUUAUAAAAUAUAGUUAUACGAUAAGCAAAGAGUUAUUUAAUAAUGUGUGACAUUACAAAUAAGUAAUCUUUGGACUGCUUUCCCUUUGUCUAAUGUUGUAAAAGGCAUCAAAGAUGGUUUCCCUAUUUUCUUGAUUCAAAAUAAAACUGACCUAUUAUCAGAGUAAAAAGAAGAAUUCUAAACUGAAGAAUAUUUAAAGAAAUGUGCACAAAAAUACAAUUUUGCUAGAUGUUAUUAAAUAAGUGUUAAAUUUAAUGACAAGGUAGAUUAGAUAUUUUAGGAGCUUGUGGAAGAAAUGAUAGAAAAACGGUAUUAAAAUUAGAUGAUAAUACAUAAUAAAGAGAUAUUUAUUAAAUAAAAAAACUAAGUAUCUUUAAAAUAUAAUUAAAAUAAUCGACCUACUGCAAAGAAAAACCAAUGUUUUUGA